AUUUCAAUUAUCUUAGUUACAGAAGCUGAUUAGAAGGGUAUUAGCUGAAAUAUAACCCCGUUAUUACUCGCAUGUCAACAGCUGAUGACCUUACUAUAAAUUGAAUGUGACAACGGUUGAAAUCCAGCUUAGCGAACAAUCCAUCACCCGCGCGAGGUGAAAUUUUCUAAUACCGGUGAUCCUUCUUGUCGUAAACUAUUGUAAAUCUUAAAAGAAAGUAGCAUGUAACGGUAUAGUUUCGCCACACUCCAAGCAGUACCAAUAAUGGCAACCAAACCAUCCGACCUGGGCCUGGACGGUGCCGAUCUUCAGGCGAUCGUUCGCCGCCACUUUGGAAAGUCCGUUGCUCACUUCACGAUCCAGAAUGCCUCGGUUGAACCGUUCGGCGGUAGCCCCGAGGGAUUCCUGGCGGAGUAUUACGCGCUCAAGAUCCGGCUGAACCUGAACGGAUCCCGGAUCGAAGAGCUGUCGCUGUUUGUGAAGGUCUUCCCCACGUCGGCGACGGCGUUGACCAACUUUGUGAUCGAGACCAGGUGCUUCCGGAAGGAGACGAAUUUGUAUGAGAGGGUUAUACCGAAGAUUCAGGAAUGCGUUCCGGGGGAGCACUUUAUUCCGCGGCAUUUGCUGACGAAAGAGGAUCGGUUAGUCGUGCUGGAGAACGUGAGGCUGCAGGGGUACGAUAUCUUGAGGGAGGUUGGGGGAUCGUUGGAUUACGAUCACUUGAGGGUUGCGUUUGAGGCGUUGGCGCAUAUGCACGCGGGGUCGGUACUGUUGGAGGAGAGGGAGUCCAAGGGAUUGCCGGAGCUGUUUCCGGGUGCGUUGAAGGAGAACAGCUGGACGGGGGAGGCGGGAACGAUCAGGACCAACGAUAUCGAGAACGCGAUCGUGUUUUGGUGUGAGGUUAUGCGAGUGGUUGAGAAGGAUUUGGUGAAGUUGGCGAAGAUCUGCGCUGGAUUGCCUGGAGUUAUGCGGAAGCUGUAUGAAUACGUGAAGCCUUCGGUAGUUUGGAGGAACGCCUUCAGUCAGGGAGAUCUUUGGAACAACAACGUGAUGUUCAAGCAUGGUUUGAGAGGGGAACCUGUGGGAUGUAUUAUUGUGGACUUCCAGCUAGCUCGGUACACACCGCCAGCAUACGAUAUCAAUCUGCUGCUGUCGUUAACGUCUACGAACGCGUUCAGAUCAAAACAUAUGAACGCCUUACUGGAUCACUAUUACGAAGUCUUUGUAGGACAUCUUUCCCAAAAUGGUAUUGACCCUUCAAAGAUCUACACGAAGCAAUCUUUUCUAGAAAGUUGCCGUUACUACCGACUUGGAGGUCAAAUCCAUGGUUGUGCCAUUGCUCCGGAAGUUCUGCUAGCACAGACUUAUCUAGACGAGAUAUUCCUUCUGUCCGAGGAUGGUUUCAUGACUCCGUCCAAGGUGAAGAUCUGUUUGAAGGCAUUCCAAUUGGACGCGGUAUACCGCGAACGAAUGCUGGACUGCGUCCAGGAGUUGAUAUCAAGCAUUUCUUGAAAUUGUUACGAAUCUUGUUUGUUAAAUAAAAACAACUCUAUUUUUAAGAAAUUUUGUUUGAUUAAGGUCGCCCUCAAUCAGCUGCUCCAUGAACUCGCAACAGCUGAUUCAGCAGCACGCGUUUCUCUCUCUUCCUUUUCACAACUACACACCUGUUUGAAUGGAACUCCGGUUGAAUUCCUUC